AUGUUGUCAGUGGCGAAGUUCAUCGGCAUGUCGACCAAGGACAUAAACAUUGUCGUUGACCAUCACUAUAUGUCCAAGGUCUACACUUGCGGCUCCAUCGUUUCUGGUCAAGUUGAAAUCAACCCACGAACAGAUAUUCCGUUCAGUUUUAGUUCAAAAAAAACAAGAAAUCUCCGCAAAGGCGAACACACAGGCUCUUCUGGCUACGUUACCGCUGAAACAGCCCAGACAGGGGCCGUACGUCUCAGCGUAGAUGGACAUAGGGCCAGCAGCUCCUCUGCCCAGAUCCAAUUCACUUUUGCCCCCUUGUUAGCUAAAAUGCCACCUCCAAGGAUCACAGGAAAGUCUGUAAAGGGCUUUCCGCAACCAAAGUCAAUAUUGCCUAAUCUAGGAAGCGGUAGAGAGUCAUUCGUGCUUUGCACCCGAGUUAUUGUAGACUCGGUCUCAAGUACGCCUUGGAUAGAGCAUGUCACCUUACCGGUUCAAUCGACACCCAGAAGAAGCCGCAACACUGUGUCUUCUGUUACACAAAAAAACUAUAACCUAGCUUUAAAUCUUCUAUAUCCUAGCUUUUAUAUCCCUAGAAAAUAUACUAAGACUUUAUUAUAA